CUCUUUACUACUCUCUAUACCGCCCCUCUGCUUAUAAUCGCCACUCAUAUUACGACAUCGCGACCUGAUCGACCGCUUUUUACACGAUGUCGCUCUGCCAAAAUCGUCUCACGGAGGAGAGAAAGCAAUGGAGACGGGACCAUCCUUUUGGGUUCUACGCCCGACCCUAUCGCAACCCCAACGGGGUUUUGGAUUUAAAACGCUGGGAAUGCGGUAUCCCAGGAAAGGCCCAGACUCUGUGGGAUGGUGGCUUGUUCAAGUUGGAUGUUACGUUUCCUGAUGAGUACCCUACGAAGCCUCCGAAGUGCAAAUUCGUCCCUCCGCUCUUUCACCCUAACGUGUACCCCUCCGGCACCGUCUGUCUCUCGAUCCUGAACGAAGAAGAAGCCUGGAAACCCGCUAUCACGAUCAAGCAGAUCCUCCUCGGUAUUCAGGAUCUGCUGGAUGACCCAAACCCCGAAUCUCCCGCCCAAGCCGAUGCAUACAACCUUUUCAAGAAGGAUCGCCCGGCCUAUGAACGACGUGUGAAACAGGUUGUCCGCGAGAAUCCGGCUCUUUAGUCCGCGUGUCUGUUGGGUCUUUCUGUUUCUUUUCUGAAUUUCGUUUCGGGGUUCUGGCGAACAUUAGCGACAUCUAAGGGUCCGUUGAUCUUUUUGAACAUGUGCUGCACUCUUUUCUUUGCUUUAUACGGGAAGUACGGGCAUCUUGAUCGAUCUUCGAAAAGGAACUACGAAUUAUGAAUGUCUAUGAGCUGUUAGGAUCUCUCUCUUUCUCUCUCUCUUUUCUGUAUCGAAAACGGAUACACCGUCCUCGUUGGGGGUCGUGAUGUUGCAUUGGCUUCGUUUCUACUGAUUAUUUUCGACCGCCCUUUUCAGCGAGCAAGGCGCAUUAAUGCGAAAAGCGGAUGGCUAAGAUUUGGUAAUUGAUAUCAGUUUUUUGCUAUAU